ACGGCAACCGGACGGCGCAAAAAGCUGAAAAAGCCGGAGUACUUGACCUCCAGCGAAUCACCAUCCACCACCCGAUGCACCCGCACCCGUCGGGAGGGUUUUGCGGUUGCGCGCUUCACCUACGCCCACCACCGGAACGAGUUCGCCCGUCCCGACUUGCAGGAGGGGAGCGUCCUUCGACAGGCUCAGGACGAGCGAGAAUCCCACGCGCACCCACUUUUUAAUCUGUCAUUGCGAGGAGCAUGGCGACGUGGCAAUCUCGAUGAGGUUGAACACACGUCGGCGAACCGCCGUUGCUACGGCGACGAGAUUGCCGCGCUUCGCUCGCAAUGACAAAGUGGGUACGCAU